AUGCCCGCGGGGAAGGGGGCCCCCAGGGGCCCCCACGGGCUCCCCAACCGCGUGCAGUGUACCCUCGAGGGGCCCCGGGAAAGUCCUGUGGUUUCUCACGAGACGGAGGUUUUUGAUUUGGGGACUUUUGAAAAGAAUUUGAAGAUCAAAAUUCUGGAAUGCAAACCCCAAAUCGUGGUUUUGGAACUCAAGGGUUGCGACGCCUCCCUCGCCAACGCCCUUCGCCGCAUCCUCAUCAGCGAAAUAUGGCAGAACACAGGCGUGGUGCAGGACGAGGUGCUGGCGCACCGGCUGGGUUUAAUUCCCUUCAAAGUAAACCCUAAAAAGUUGAAAUUCCGAAACCCUAAUCAAGAGCUUUCUGAAGAAAACUCUCUCAAGUUCAAAAUGCACGUCAAGUGCUCUCCAGGCGACCUCAAACCCCACCAAAAGUCCAUGCCGGUAUACGCGCGGGACUUGAAGUGGAUUCCAAUGUCGGAGAGACAAAAGCAAAAAUUUGCGCAAGACCCUCCCGCCCCAGUACACCCCGACAUCUUAAUUACAAAACUCAGGCCAGGCCAGGAAAUUGAACUGUUCGGCUUCUUAGAGAAGGGGCUGGGAAAGACGCAUGCGAAAUGGUCGCCGGUGGCGACUGCGGUGUACAGACUGGAGCCUGAGUUUGUCUUCACAAGCCCAAUAGAAGGCGAAGAGGCGAAAGAGCUGAAGGAGUUAUGUCCCAUGGGGGUUUUCGAUAUUGAAGAUUCCACUGGCCGUGCCUACGCGAAGUUCCCUCGAAAUUGCACGACUUGUCGUGCAUGUUUGGAGCGUUUUGAAAAUCAGUUGCAACUCAACAAGAUCCCGGACCAGUUCAUUUUUUCGAUUGAGUCGACUGGCUCAGUGCCGGCCCCAGAGCUGUUCGAGAUGGCAGUGGAGGUCUUGCUGGAAAAGGCAAUUACCUUUCGCGAGAUCAUAAGGACGAAGCAGCUGGAGUAA